AUGAGUAAUCCCUACCAGCAACUGUCGUAUCCGGCUCAAGGCCAGAGCCAAAACGCUUAUGAAAUGAGCAAUGUCGCACACUCAACAAGCAACUACAACUACAACAACAACACCAACAACAACUACGACUCCAAACAGUACUCAUCGUCCAAUGAGGAUGACUUUGUCCAGUUUAUGAAUGAGAUCCAAGACAUCAAUGCCCAGUUGGACAAUUACUCACAGUUGAUCAACUUGAUCGACAAUAAGCAAAAAUCAUUCUUGUACAAUAUCGAUUUGAACGACGAGGACACCGAAUACUCAUCAAAACAGCUCGAUAGCUUAGUGGGCGAAGCACAAUCAAUCCAAUUGGACUUGAAAACCCGCAUCAAAAACGUACAGUACCAAGCAAUAACAUCAAAAGACCAAACUAAAGUCGACCAAGCCGAAACAUCCAGAAAAAGAUUCUUGGACCUUAUCCAAGACUACAGAUUGAUUGAAGCAAAAAACAAGGAACAAUCAAAAGAACAAAGCGCUAGACAAUACCAAAUAAUCAAACCAGACGCCACUCAAGAAGAAAUCAACGCGGUAGUCGAAGACGGCGGAACCCAAUACUUUCAACAAGCUUUGUUGCAAAGCAACCGAAGAGGCGAAGCUCGCUCAGUAUUGGAUGAAGUCCAAGUAAGACACCGUGAAUUAUUGAAAUUGGAAAAAACUAUGGCUGAAUUGACCCAGUUAUUCCACGAUAUGGAAGAAUUGGUGAUUGAACAAGACCAACCAAUACAACAAAUCGAAGAACAAGUCGCUACUGCACAACACGAUAUCGAACAAGGUGUAGGUCACACCGAUAAGGCAGUCACUAGCGCCAGAUCAGCUAGAAAGAAGAAAUUAUGGUGUUUGGCCAUUGUUAUCAUAUGUAUCAUUAUUGUUGUUGUUAUCAUCGCCGCCUACUUUGGCUCAAAGAACUAA